UGAUAAGUACUAUUCCGGAAAUAUCUCACCCACAGUGGCAAAAGAGAAAUUUUGGAGCGGAGGUAGCUCUUCACGUGAAGUAGCUACCCCAACGGUCCGAGAACACCGGACCCUUCAUUACAAUGGGUACGUCGCGGUCCGAGAACACCACCACGACCUCCUCCUCCUCCUAUUCCUCCUCCUCCUCCUCUCCUGCGCCCCUCCACCCUAGAAAUUGAGCAAAAUGGGCUCCUCCGCCUCCGACGACGACGGCGACCGCCGCCUCCGCCGCCGCCCCCACGUGGUGGUCGUGGCGUUCCCCUCCGGCAGCCACGCGGCGCCGCUCCUGGCCCUCGCCCGCGCCCUCGCCCUCGCCUGCUGCCCCUCCGCCGCCGCCACGUUCUCCUUCCUCUGCACGGCGCGGCACCUCGCCCCGCUCCGCGGCGGCUGCGAUCGGGUCCCCAACCUCCGCCUCGUCGCCAUCCCCGAGGGGGAAGGGGACGGAGAGGAGGAGGAGAUGCGGCGGAUCGAGAGGUUCGCAGCAGCGGCGGCGGCGGCGGCGGCGGCGGAGGAGGAGGUGAGCUGCGUGGUGAGCGACUCGUUCGUGUUGGCGGCGGGGGCGGCGGCGGAGAAGAUCGGGGUGCCGUGGGUCCCGCUCUGGACCAGCGGGCCCCACAGCCUCGUCGCGCACCUCCACAGGGAUCUCCUUCGCACCACGUUCGGCCUAGGACCCCAAGCAAUGGAAACUCACGGCGACGACCCUCUCGACUUCGUCGCGGGCCUCUCCGCGCACCACCGUGUGCGCGACCUCCCCGAAGGGAUCGUCUCCGGCCCCCCCUACCCCGAGAUCGUCCUCCUCCUCCGCACCGUGGCCGACCGCCUCCUCCGCCGCCCGCCCACCACCGCCGCCCUCGUCCUCAACACGUUCCUCGGCUUUGACGUGACCGCCGAUGCCGCCUUAGCUUCCGAAUUUGAUCACUACUUCCCCAUCGGCCCCCUCCACCUCCUCGCUGAUCCCCCGCACCCUCUCGCCGAUCCCGACCCGAGCAACUGCCUCUCCUGGCUCGACCAACACCCUCCCGCCUCCGCCGCCUACGUCGGCUUCGGUACUGUCGCGAUGCCUCCGCCCGCAGAGCUCGCCGCCCUUGCCAAAGGUCUAGAAUUGAGCCGAGCUCCGUUUGUGUGGUCACUGAAGGAGAGCGCGCAAGAGCUUCUGCCUCCCGGGUUUUCGGACCGGGUGCGGGCGAACGGGACCGGGCUGGUGGUGAGCUGGGCCCCGCAGAAGGCGGUGCUGGGGCACACGGCGGUCGGAGCUUUUGUUAGCCACUGCGGGUGGAACUCGGUGAUCGAGAGUGUCGCCGCGGGGGUGCCGAUGGUGUGCCGGCCCUUCUUUGGGGACCAGCGGAUGAACGCGCGGGCAGUGGAGAGCGUGUGGGGGAACGGAAUCGUGUUGAGCGGUGGCGUCGCGGGCGAGGAGGCAGUGGCGGGGGCGCUGGACGUGGUUUUAAGAGGGGAGGAGGGGAGGAGGAUGAGGGAGCGGGCCCAGGAGAUCAAGGCUAAGGCUGCGGCUGCGACGGGCGCCGGAGGGAGCUCAUCGGAGAAUCUUAAGAAAUUGUUGAAGAUUGUUUGUGGCUAGGGUUAGGGUGAAAGCAUAUAUAUAUUCCAUGCAUGCAUGCAUGGCUUAGCCUGUUACUACGUAUGUACGUAUGAUUUGGUUAUUAACUACUUGGUUAAUAAUAAAUGUUAUUAUAUUA